AUGAGAGAAAUUAUCAGCUUGAACGUCGGUCAGGCCGGUUGCCAGAUUGCCAACUCCUGCUGGGAGCUGUACUGUCUGGAGCACGGUAUUCAGCCCGACGGUCAUCUCACCGAUGAGCGCAAGAAGGCCGAUCCCGACCACGGCUUCAGCACCUUCUUCUCCGAGACCGGCGCCGGCCGCUACGUUCCCCGUACCAUCUACUGCGAUCUCGAGCCCAAUGUCGUUGAUGAGGCCCGCACCGGUACCUACCGUUCGCUCUUCCACCCUGAGCAGAUGAUCACUGGCAAGGAGGAUGCUUCCAACAACUACGCCCGUGGUCACUACACCGUCGGUAAGGAGAUGAUCGACCAGGUUCUCGACAAGGUUCGCCGUAUGGCCGACUCCUGUUCUGGUCUCCAGGGAUUCCUGGUCUUCCACUCCUUCGGUGGUGGUACCGGUUCCGGUUUCGGUGCUCUCCUCAUGGAGCGUCUCUCCGUCGACUAUGGCAAGAAGUCCAAGCUGGAGUUCUGUGUCUACCCUGCCCCUCAGAACGCCACCUCCGUUGUCGAGCCCUACAACUCCAUCCUCACCACCCACACCACUCUGGAGCACUCUGACUGCUCCUUCAUGGUCGACAACGAGGCCAUCUACGACAUCUGCCAUCGCAACCUCGGCAUUGAGCGCCCCAGCUUUGAGAACCUGAACCGCCUGAUCGCCCAGGUUGUUUCCUCCAUCACCGCCUCGCUCCGCUUCGACGGUUCCCUCAACGUCGACCUGAACGAGUUCCAGACCAACCUGGUCCCCUACCCCCGUAUCCACUUCCCUCUGGUCGCCUACUCACCCGUCAUCUCCGCCGCCAAGGCCGACCACGAGGCCAACAGCGUGACCGAGAUCACCUCCAACUGCUUCGAGCCCCACAACCAGAUGGUCAAGUGUGACCCCCGCAACGGCAAGUACAUGGCUACCUGUCUGCUGUACCGUGGUGAUGUCGUCCCCAAGGAUGCCCACGCCGCUGUGGCCACCCUCAAGACCAAGCGCACCAUCCAGUUCGUCGACUGGUGCCCUACUGGUUUCAAGCUCGGUAUCUGCUACCAGCCCCCUGCUCAGGUCCCCAACGGCGAUCUCGCCAACCUCAGCCGUGCCGUCUGCAUGCUGUCCAACACGACCGCCAUCGCCGAGGCCUGGUCUGCUCUCGACCACAAGUUCGACCUCAUGUACUCCAAGCGUGCCUUCGUUCACUGGUAUGUUGGUGAGGGUAUGGAGGAGGGUGAGUUCUCCGAGGCUCGUGAGGACCUCGCUGCUCUGGAGCGUGACUACGAGGAGGUCGCCAGCGACUCGCUGGAGGAGGAGGAGCUGGAGCCUGAGUACUAG